AUGUCGGAAGACUCGUUGAUGCAGAAGCGACUCAUGGAAGAGCGGAAAACCUGGCGAAAGUCACAUCCGUUUGGCUUCUUUGCUAAGCCCGCCAAGGACCAGAACGGAAACCUGGAUCUCACUAACUGGAACGCCGGCAUCCCCGGAAAGGAAGGAACCGCCUGGGCCGGUGCCACAUACCCCAUGCUCAUCACCUUCCCCAAAGACUACCCGACCAAACCCCCACGAUGCCGAUUUGAUGCUGGGUUCUAUCACCCCAACGUCUACCCCUCGGGCACCGUCUGUCUGUCAAUUCUGAACGAGGAGGAGGACUGGCGACCUUCCAUCACGCUGUCUGAGAUUGUCAUGGGUAUCCAGGAGCUCAUGAACAACCCCAACCCCCACUCUCCCGCCCAGAACGAUGCAUUUGCCGCCUUCCAGAAGAACAAGGAGGAGUACGAUAAGCGGGUGGCCGAGCAGGUCAAAAAGUACGCUGCUUAG